AUGCCGCGGGAGCGAUCGGCGCGUCGGAAGACCGAGGGUGGCGAUGGAGCUCGGCAGGAGGACCGGGACAAGGAUCGGGGCCAGGACCGGGACCGCGACCGGAGGAGCGAGGAUCGGUGCCGGGCUCAUCCCAGCCCGGCCUCGCCGCCUGUGCCCCGGCAACGCGGGCGAGAAGAGCCGCUCCGGGCCGGGCGCUGGGGCCGAGCGCGGCGGGGCCGCUCGGGCCGGGGCUCGGCCGGGGCCCGGUCGGGGGAGAACGGCGGCGCGUUCGUCGUGUCGACGCGGAGCCGGGGCUGGGACCGGCCGGGGCGCGGGGACACGCCGGGCCGGCCCCGGGACCCCCCCGAGGAGGGGUGCCGCCCGUACCCCCCGCGGGAUCGGAGCUUCCCCGCUCGGGCACCCCCGAGGCCACCGCACCCGCUCCCGGGGCGAACAUCGCCCGUCUCCCCCUUAAACGCGGCCCCAGGAGGUUCCCACCCCCAGGGCCCCCCGGGAACGAGGGAUCUGGGGCCCGCCGGGGCUCCGGCCACGGGCCCGCUCCGGCCGCGGGGAGCUGGGGGCCUGCCGGGGAGGGAAGAACGGCGGCAGCCCUUUCCCCGUUCCUCCCGUGCUCCGGGACCCCGAGCAGAGCUGCUCGUUUGUCCCCGUGUCCCUGUGUCUGUCCUCAGGCGGCCCCAGGAGCUGGCACUGACCGUGCCGCGGGUCGGGCACAGGCUGCUCCCAGCUCUGCCUGCGGAACUUCGGCAAUUACCGACAGCAGUUCUUUGCCCUGCCAUCCAUAAGACGGGGAAGGCCCUGCCUGGGAGGGAAACGGCUACAGGGGAGGAAACCAAGAAAUGCUCCAACCGGAUGGUGCUGCGCGAGUCAAAAGAGGGGCAAGACCGCGGGCAAAUACAGUCAGGAAAUGAGCUUUUAUUCAAUCUCUGCAGGAGCCCUUCGCAGCCACGGGCCGGAGGGAGCGCGGCCGGCUGGGCUGUGCCCGGCUGGGGACGGGCACCAAUUCAUCACUGCCCUGCUCAGGGAGGUUUUCCGGCCCCGUCCGGGCUUCACCCGACGGCUGCAAAGGUGCUCGUGCGGCAUCCGAGCUCAUUUCCAGGGAUAAAGGAGCCAAACGAGUCCGGAGGGAUCCCUCGCUCCGAGGCAAAGGCGUUUGGUCGAGUGUCGCCGCCUGGUCCCGCCUGCGGGGGAGCGUCUCCUCCAGACCUGGAACCGUGGCUGCUUCCUGGCAAACCUGGCGUUAAAGUGGCAGCUCUGCGGGGGAAGAUCCGGGCUCCAGGAGGCACUGGGAGGCUGUUCCAGCAGGAAUUCGGCAUGGAAUUGCGGGCUGUGAAUUGUGCACAAGCCAGUCCCCCAUUCCCUAUCCAGGCUGGGAGUGCUCGUGCCCUUGGCACAGAUGGCUCUGGCUGGGCAGGAACUGAGAGCAGGACGUGGGGCAGAGUGGAUCAGCUGCCCAGGGAACAUCCAGGAGAUGAAGCUACGGGAUCCUCAUUCCAAUCAAGGGAACACAUUCUGUCUCUGGCAGAAGCCGGGAGCCAAAGCAGAUCCCGCCUGGCCAGGCUGGGGGGCAGCAGUUGGAUCCACUCUGGGGGAAAGCCCCUGUGCCUGCCAGGAGCUCUGACUCUGUUUGUCCUGCCAGCUCUGACCAGUGUCAGGGCCACUGGGAGGGAUUCAGAAUCCACAGAAAUCCCAAAUCCUACUGAGGGACUCAGUCAAAGGAAGAAAGUAAUUUUUGUCAUAAAAAGAUUAAAAAAACUGUUAAAAAUUCUAGGACAGCAAUCCUGGGAUUCUCAGGAAACUUAGUAGUGUCUUGGUUCCAUUUCAAUGGAUCUUUAGUCCGUCAAUGAGCAGCUUGGAGAACUUCCCCUGGGAUUUAGAGGCUGAGCAGGGUUUGCUUUGGAUUGCCUGGCACCUCUGGCCCCAGCUGGUGCAAACACAACUUGG